CAGGCGCAACUGCUUUGAACCCUUGUGUUUUUUAUCCUCCCCCACUCUUUUCUUCUGCACUCUUUUUUCCAACCGGCAAUUCUCGAUCUAGAAAAGCAUGAGCGUCACUUUUGAUAUCAACGUGCCUGCAACCUCGGCCAACAUCGGGCCCGGGUUCGACGUAAUGGGGCUCUCCCUGUCGCUGUACCUGACGGUCCGCGCUACGGUCCAAGCGACGCAGGCGGAGUUCGGCGAGAACUCGUCGGGGCUCUCGCUGGAUCCGACAAAGAACCUGAUUACGCGCACGGCCCUGUACGUCCUGUCCUGCCACGGCGCUCGCGACUUCCCGCACCCAACUCACGUAGUGGUGAAUAACCGGAUUCCGCUGGGCCGCGGGCUGGGCUCGUCGGGAGCGGCGGUGGUGGCCGGCGUGCUGCUGGCGGACGCAGUGGGCGAGCUGCAGCUGACAAAGCAGCGGAUGCUGGACUACUGCCUGAUGAUCGAGCACCAUCCGGACAAUGUGGCGGCGGCGCUGGUGGGCGGGUUUGUGGCGAGCUAUCUGAUCGAGGUCGACCGGUCGGGCAAUAUCCCCGAGAGCGAGGGCGACGCGAGCCAGCAGCGCCAGCGCGAACUGGAGGCGCAGCGGCAGAACAGCGAGAUCAAGCUGCCGCCAGCCAACAUCGGGCAUUACGUGCAGCUCGGGUGCUCGUCGAAGAUCAAGGCGGUGACGAUUAUCCCGCAGUUCGAAUUGGCGACGUCCAAGGCGCGGGCGGCGCUGCCGGGCUCGUAUGAAAUCAAGGAUGUGGUGUUCAAUCUGCAGCGGCUGGCGGUACUGACGACAGCGCUGGGACGCGAGACGCCGGACCCGUGGCUGAUCUACCGCGCAAUGGAGGACAAGGUGCACCAGCCGUACCGCAAGCACCUGAUUCCGGGGCUGCCCGAGAUCCUGGCGACACUCAACCCGGACAACACGCCGGGGCUGCUGGGCAUCUGCCUGAGCGGAGCGGGCCCCACGAUUCUGGCGCUGGCAGUGGACAACUUUGACCAGAUCGCCGACAAGAUCCGCAAGGUGUUUGCGAGCCAGCCCGACGGCGGCAUCGAUACGCACUACAAGCUGCUGGACAUUGUGUCGGAGGGUGCGUCGUGCGUCAAGACCCCAGGCCCGGCACUCUAGCAUAAAAGGAUGUUUAUUAAUGGCCACAGGUGAUAAUAAAAAA